AUGGUACCGUAUGCAACACUAGCUUGCGAAGCGACAGAACGAAGCUGGUUGAAGUGCCAGGUGCCUAGGAGCGUCAAAGUACGUCCGCAGCAGAAGGGCUCCCCCUACAUCAGAGCACUUAACAAUGCUGACUCAUCCAACAACCAGAACGCCGUGUGGAUGACAGGAGGACAUGGGACACGAAUAAGAGGAACAGAGCUCACUGCUGCUGCCUGCGCGCACCGUAAAGGCGGGUUUGCACCACCCUUUCCUGAGUUGGGAAGGAUGCUCAUCGCGUCCCAAGGGGGCAGGUCAGGGGCCUAA